AUGAGACACCUGGCACAGGCGAAAGGCUUGGAGUUUGGCAUCGCACGGACGCCCUUCCACGACAUGUACCAGCAGUACUUGCUGCGCUUGAGUUUUCUCCAGCGGCAGAUUGAGUACUGGAUGGAUUGGUACGAGCGGCGAAAAAACCUGAUCCUGGGCGGGACCCUGGAAACGCAGAAUUUCGCCUUGCUCCUGGUGCUGGUGCUGCUAGUGGUGGCCUGGCUUCUGCCCACCCGUUUCUUGUGUCUAGC